CGCCUGCACCCUUUUUGUCCAGGACGUGAAUCGUCCGUUCGGGAGCCAUCUGGACACACGGCCGAACACGUGUGGGAAGAGCGAAGAGACUCCUCCACCGCUACACAAGGAGGGGAGGCAGCAGUGAUCUGCUGUCCCAAAUUAACUAAGCAAGCAGUUGACCACCACAAGGGCCGCGGGGUAGCUAGGAAGAUGAUUGCGCGGCGGCUGCUCUGCAGCAGCAGCUGCUGCUGCUUCUUCUUCCUGCUGUCCCUCGUCGCCGUCGCCCCGCGUGCCACCGAUGCCAAGCUAGUGGCCAGCCUCCCCGGCUUCCCCGGCCGCCUCCCCUUCAGCCUCCACACUGGGUACGUGGAGGUGGAGGAGGGCACGGAGCUCUUCUACUACUUCGUCGAGUCGGAGGCCCGCGGCGAGGAGGUCCCUUUCCUUCUCUGGCUCACCGGCGGCGACCGCUGCUCCGUCUUCAGCGGCCUCGCCUACGAGAUCGGUCCCAUCAGAUUCGUCCUAGAGCCAUACAAUGGCAGCUUGCCGCGCCUCAAGCUAAAUCCAAACUCAUGGACAAAGGUGGCACACAUCCUGUUUGUAGAUUCACCGGUUGGGGCUGGAUUUUCCUUUUCCAGAAAACCCAAAGGCUACGAGGUUGGGGAUGUAUCGUCCUCCUUGCAGAUCCGUGACUUCCUCAUCAAGUGGUUCAGCGACAACCCCGAAUACCUCGGAAAUCCUUUCUACAUCGGGGGAGACUCUUAUGCUGGAAAGCUCGUACCGUUUAUCGCACACAUCAUUUCACAAGGUAAUGAAGCUGGAAGGAGUCCCCGCCUUAAUCUUAAGGGCUAUGUAGUCGGUAACCCAUCGACCGGUGAAAUCGUUGAUAUAAGCUCUAGAGUGCCAUAUGCUCAUGGCGUUGGUAUAAUAUCAGAUCAGUUAUAUGAGACGAUAUUGGAGCAUUGCCAUGGACUGGACUACAUCAUUCCUUCAAAUGCACUUUGUGCCCGAGCACUGGAUACUUUCAAUCAUCUCAUAUCGGAAGUUCAGCAAGCCCAUAUUUUGUUGGACACCUGCGUUUAUGCAUCCGCUCACACUGUACCAACAGCUGAUACCAGGACCGAGCACUCGGAUGGUGCAGGUAGGAGGAUCCUAGUGGGAAAUCCGCCGGUUCGUCCUCCAUUCGGUUGUAUCACUUAUGGGUAUUACCUGUCGUAUUUCUGGGCAAACGCGGCGGUGACACGGGAGGCUCUUGGGAUCAAGGAGGGGAGCGUGGAUGAGUGGGUCAGGUGCCACAACGGUGACCUGCCCUACUCCCUCGACCUCAGGAGCAACAUCGAGUAUCACCGGAACGUCACGGCCAACGGUGGACACCGUGCACUCGUGUACAGCGGCGACCACGACACGCUGGUGCCGCACCUCGGUACGCAGGCGUGGAUCAGGUCGCUCGGUUUCCCUGUCGUCGACGAAUGGAGGGCGUGGCAUCUCCAUGGCCAGUCUGCUGGAUUCACCUUGACUUACUCCAACAACAUGACAUUUGCAACCAUCAAGGGUGGCGGGCACACGGCGCCAGAGUACGAGCCCGAGAGGUGCUUCGCCAUGUUCAGCCGUUGGAUACUCAAUCAGCCACUCUAGCUACUACUUGAUCGGAACGACCAAGUAGACAACGGACCAGGUAGAGUAUUGGGGGCAUUUGGGGAUUCAUGAGUUCAUCUCCACUCCACUCUCCACUGUGAUUGAUGGGUUAGUGGGGUUUCAGCCACAUUUAACAAUACUACACGUUUAUACUCCGUAUAUUUUAGUCAUCAUACUACACAUCAGUUGGCCCCCAUGACCCGGUAGCUUUCGUCACCCCCUCGGGAGAAAGUCCCCAGAAAUUCCAGCUUGUAACCGAGUGACAAAGUGUAAUUCUAGUUUGAGGCGAAAACGAAAAUUUUGUCAGUCAACACAAUUUUUAUUUUAGUCGUCAUGUGGAAAGCACUCUCCUUCCCAAUUUAAAAUGCGUUUACGCAUUUCAAAAUUCAACUUUAGUCAUCAGUUUGAUAAAAUAAUAUGUGGGUUAUGUUAAUGUGCCAUGGAAAUUGUGUCCAUCAA